AUUAAACAAUUAAAAUUAACAAGAAUUAAAACAAGUGAUAUUAAUAAAUGCCACAAGUAAUUAUCAUACAAUUAAUAGAGAACAAACAAUAGUAAUUAGAAAGUGAUAAAAAGAGGUUAUAAAUAUUUGAACAAUGUUUACUAAAAAAAUAAAUAAAAAAGAAACAACAAUAUCUGUUGAUCUUGAUGAACCAUUAACAAGUAAUUCAUGCUCGAAAUUAAUAAUUGAAUCUAUGAAAUAUAUAUUAUAUCAAAAACAACAAAUACCAUUUCCAUAUGAUACAUUGUUACAACUACAAAAAACAAAUAAACCAACAAAUAAAAAUAACAAUACAAUUAAAAAUUUAUUAGCAACAAUUGAGCUUAUAACUGAUGAAUUAACAUGUCAAUUACAUACAAAUGAAUGUGAUGUUAGAGAAGUUAUUAUUGUCAUUGGUGCAACACCAGUAUCACCAAAAUUUUUGGUUAAAUUUGAACUUCCAGAUAAUAUAUUAAGUAGCAAAAAACAUAUGGAAUAUCAGCACUCAUAUAGAAAGCCUCUGUUGACAUUAAUGAGAUGUUUAAUUAAAAGUGACGAGUUUCAAGAUGCCAUGGCUCUUCCUCAAGGACCAACAAACACAUUUGUUCUUGUUCAAAAAAGUGACGCAAGUACCAAGUCAGAUUUUUUUUUACCAAAGCCACAAUAUACACCACCAAUUCAAACAUCAACUUGUAUCUCAAUUAAAAUUAAACAUAAUGAUACUAUCAAUCCAAAUUGUACAUGUAUGAAUAUUGUUAAAAUUCAUCAUGACAAUGAUGAAUCAUCUGUUGAUGAUAUUCCAAUUAAUAUCAUUCAAAUUUGCACGAAAAAACCAUACUUGUGGUACCAGUCAAAAGAAGUUGUUAAAGGAUUUAAAUAUAUUGGAUAAAUGAUUUUUUUGUUUAUUUUUUUUUUUCGAUUAACAAAUUUUUAUAGAUGAAAAUAU